GGCACUGUGCAAGAGACGACUGUUAACUCUCCAUAGGCAAUAACAAGCACUGGUAAACUCGACCGCAAAUUCUCUAAAACCAUGAGUGAGAGACAAGGAUCUGGAGCAGCAGGCGGGAACAGCAAAACAUCUGGAGGACAAGACGCCUCCAAGAAGGACAUCCCAGAGGAUUUUGACAUCGACAUGGAAGCCCCAGAGACGGAGAAGGCAGCCAUGGCAAUCCAGUCGCAGUUCAGAAAGUUCCAGAAGAAGAAGCACGAAGAAAAGUCCUAGGGUCGGGCAUAGCUGGGUCUGCUUCCUGUGGCCAGGGGACAGGGGCCUUUUGUUGCAUGUCAAAGAAAAUCAUGCCGCAAGGACUCAUGGGGAGGGUGGGGGAGCAAGGCAGUACCCUGUCAAUCACUGACCUGUCUGUGAAAUUAUACAUG